AUGCACCGAGUGCGGAUGCUGAGGCACAACGGUGUCGAGCCGUACGUUGUCUUUGACGGGGGGCCACUUCCUGCGAAGAAGGGGAUGGAGAACGAGCAAAGGCAGAAGCGCGAGGAGAGCAUGGCGUGCGCAAACAUGCUCGCAGCGCAGGGCAAGCACUCGCAGGCGAGGGACCACUACCUCAUGUGCGUAGACGUCACCCCCGAGAUGGCAUACCAGGUCAUCAAGGCGCUUCGCGUCGAGAACGUCAAGUACGGCGUCGCGCCAUACGAGGCCGACGCGCAAAUGGCCUUCCUCGAGCGCACCGGCGCCGUCCACGCCAUCAUCACCGAAGACUCCGACCUCCUCGUUCUUGGCUGCAAGAACGUCCUCUUCAAGCUCGACCACGCCCACUGCACCGUCAUCGCCAUCUCUCGCGCUGACUUCGCCUUCGUCACUGCGUGCGACGUCGUCUCCCUCUUCAAGCUGGCGGAGCAGUGCUUCCUGCACCAGCGCGUCUAUGACCCAGCCCGUGAGGAGCUGGUGCACCUGACGGAUGUCGGAGACGACUGGACGGAGGAGGCAGACUCAUAUGUUGGGCCGCAUAUCACCCCGGACAUCGCCAAGGGCAUCGCUUAUGGCGAGCUCGAUCCGAAGACACAUCUCCCCGUCAAGGACGUCUAUCCGAAGUUUGUCCCACGACCGCUGAAGACACUCGACCUCAAGAUCGGCAUCGAGGGUGACGCCGUCGCGCCUCCAAAGAGUGCCACUCUGAAUUCGGUGUCAUUCUCAAUUUCUUCACUCGAGCGGGACUACAUAGUCGUGAGCUGGCGCGAGACGGCGAAGGCACGAACGGGGGAGGGGGAAGGGAGCGCGGUGGGGGAGGAGGAUGAGAACGAGGGCACGACAAGUAGGCGGGGGAGGGGGCUUGUGAGUUACGGACUCUUUCCACCCGUACUUCCUGAGCUCGACCCCGACGAGAUUGGGGAUGCUGCACCCAACCCCGUCGAAUCCUUUUCCUCCACGCGCGACGGGGGCCAAUUCUAA